ACUGCGCACUUUCCCCAGUGGGCUUUCCUAUCGACCGAUUUGAACACAUCCUCCUCCUCCUCCUCUUCCUAACGAUGCUCGACACGGAUGGUGCAGCAAGCAGCGGUUUUGCCGGAGAAGCGCGGUGCCAUGCAUCGAGGUGGUUUUGCGUUUAUACGCAGCUGUCCUGCCUCUAAUCAAACGGCGUCACAUGCAGCUGAGAAGCACUUCAACGCUUCUGAUGAAAUGUCUUCGGGUGAAUGCCGCAGCGGACAGGAUUUGGACCGGGACUGGAUGCCAGCAUGCGCGGACCGGAGGACGUUUUUAUAACGAAUCAUUUGCAUUAGAUUUCGACUCCAUCAUGGGUGAUGAGAGCAGCCUGACUCGGCAGGUGGAGAGCGUAGAGAGGAGCGUGGUGUUCCUCAGGCAGGAGCACCUCACUUUACUCCAUGGCCUCCACCUGGAGAUCCUCUCCCUGCAGAAACGCUGCUCAGAGUUGACAAGCGAGCUGAAGGUGAAGCCUCCAGGCAGAAGCCAAAUAGAGUUACAGGAGGAAGAGGAGGUCCUGGAGGCCAGGUGUCGGCACGUGGAAAACCGCUUGGCGGAGCGGGAGAACACCUUAGGAGAGCUUCGGAAGGAGCUGAGUCACAAAGGGGCUUUGGUGGGCGCCCUCAGAGCCAAUCUCAAGGAAAAGGAGCGCCACUUCCUGGAAGAGCUCAAACGUCGCAGCCACUGCUCCACCAUCCUUAACACGGAGCUGCAGAAGCAAACUGAGGCAGCAGCGUACCUCUCCUUCCAGCUUCAUGCUGCUAGACAGAAACUGCACCACCAGCGGAUGCAACAGAGGCAGGGACUCCUCGCCAGAGCCAGCAGUCAGGGGGCCCAGUAUGGUGCCGAGCAGAGUUCCCCACAGCUGCCGUCAGGAGCCUCCCCUUCCUCUCCUGUGGUUAAACCCAAGCGUAAGAGUGCUCGGGCAUCUUCGAGAGUGGACCGUGCCCGGGAAUGUGUGCCCAUAGAGAAGGUGAUGGGCCCUGCAGAGCCCACAGCCAUGCCGGACCCUGCGCUCUUCCUCCACCCUCGAAGGCACAGGGCUCGCUCCAGGCACACUGCAGCACAAAGACAGCCUCCACUGGGCCUGGAGAAGGAGGAUGAGGAGGAUGGGGGUGGGGAGGGCCCAGUGGAGCCCCAGGAUGAAGCUGCCAGACUGGUAUCUUCAGCUGCAGUGCCCCCUGCUGCUGAGACGAAGGCAGAUUAGCAACUAGUGAGACCUGUGCUUUUAACUUGCAGUUUGAUUGCUGUAUGAUUAUCUUCUAUCAGACUGUUAACUGUUGUUCUGCACCUUGACUGAAUUGGUACUGAGACUGGUUUUAGCUCUUGAAUUAUAUUACACUUGUAGUAGACAGUUUUUUAAUAUGUACUUUAAUAUGGACCUUAAAUAACUCACAGAAGAAAACUCAGUAAGUGUCACUUUAAGUCAGCUAAACAAAGUUAGAUCAAUUAUCUGUUUACACUGGUGUCACAUGCUCAGUAUACUGUGGAGCCUUAUUUCAAAGCAACCCCUUUUUGGAUUUGUAGUGAUGGUGAGUGUGACCGUGGUAGCAGCCAUUUUAGGCGGACGGGGAGCAACGCCGAGUGGCCCAAACAACUGUGACCUUUCAAGGCCAACCAUAAAUCAACCACGUGGCCAAACGUUUGUGCGGUUCCUGUCUGAGUCACAGCUGAAAAUACCUGAAGUGUGAACAUCUUCGUGAGCCCUCCGUGUGAAAAACAAAUAGAAUGAAAAGGUUUUAUUCUCACUUUGAAAGAAUAAAAAAAAACAGAAACAAUAAGUUGUUAGUAAUCUGACCGCUGCAGUGAUCACACUGUGGACACUUAAUGCCUCUGGCACAGAAAA